AUGAAUGGUCGCAUACUCCUGGUGAUUCCAAUCGUGUUCCUAGCAUACUGGGCCGUAACGGUAGCGAUGAAGGUCACAUACAACUGGCAGUCCAAGAGGCCGGAGCUGGACUGUAUGGAUGAGCUUAGGGAUGUAGACGUGCUCGUGCAAUGGAUUCAACCAGCAAAGCUCAGACCAAGUAUUCAGCGCGCAAUCCGUGACUGCCGCGCUGUUGCGAAGUUGAGAUACAAAUACCCCAACGAUCGCGACCCCUACAACUUUGUACUUGAAGCCCAUGUCAUCAUCAGUAUUAUCACCUAUAGUCUCUUCCCAACAUAUAGAGGGUCGGUCCAUAGUCAAGGCUCACUCUCUGGACAUGCUGAAAAGCUCGCAAAACUUCAUGAAGUUCUUGAGGAGGCUGAAGCCGAUCUCGAGCGGCUCGAAGGCAUGUCGCACCCUCAACGUCAAGAAUACUUCGAUGACCCAGAAGGCUUUAUCCGUCACGAAUACGACCUCAGUGACCUCCUGAUCUGGGCUGUGGGGUACCAAUCACAGGGGUCAUAUACUAGAGUCCCGAAGGGAAGAGGACGGUAA